CGAUUGCUUCUGUCUGUGGUUGAGUUAUGGUGCGGGACGGGAGCCCCGGAGGCGGCUGGCACCGGGGCUGGAGCGCGGCUCGUUGCUGAGCGCCGCCCCGGUGCCGAGCGGGCGAUGGGCGAGCCCGACCCCUUGGUCUCGGGGCAGCUCGCGGCCGGCCGGAGCUGGUGCUUGCGGCGGCUGGGGAUGGACCGCGAGUGGUUGCAGCUGGAGGCUGCGAGUGAGGUGACUAUUGGUCGAGGAUUUGGUGUCACUUACCAACUGAUAUCAAAGGUAUGCCCUCUGAUGAUUUCUCGAAACCACUGUGUUUUGAAGCAGAAUCCCGAGGGACAGUGGACAAUUAUGGACAACAAGAGUCUGAAUGGUGUUUGGCUGAACAGAGAGCGUCUGGCACCAUUACAGGUUUAUUGCAUCCAGAAGGGAGACCAUAUCCAGCUUGGAGUGCCACUGGAAAAUAAGGAGAAUGCGGAGUAUGAAUACGAAGUUAUUGAGGAAGACUGGGAGAGGCUGUCUCCCUGCCUGGCCCCAAAGAAUGAGCAGACGGGGGAAAAAAAUAAAGACUUGAGAACUAAAAGGAAGUUGAGUUUGGAUGGAUUAGAGAGUCCUGCAGCUGACGGUCCCUCGGAUCUCAAGUGCAGAGUCACCGCACUGUCCUGUAAAGCUCUUGAGCCGGUGAAGUUACAUGGGAAAGGUGAAGCAGCCAGUCAGCCCUUGGGAUGCUCGUGUCCUAAGUUGACUUCUCUGGAGGCUCACGCUUGCUCUGCUCUCCCAAAGGUCAUCGAACUUUACCCUAAGAAGCAGAAGGCCUCCAACCCUUCAGCAUCUCAGAGCAGUUUAGAGCUGUUUAAGGUGACCAUGUCCCGGAUUCUGAAGCUGAAAACCCAGAUGCAGGAAAAGCAGAUAGCUGUUCUGAAUGUGAAGAGGCAGACCCGGAAGGGGAGCUCGAAGAAAGUCGUGAGGAUGGAGAAGGAGCUGCAAGCUCUACAGUCUCAGCUGUAUGCAGAGCAGGCUCAGCAGCAGGCGCGGGUGGAGCAGCUGGAGAAGACUUUCCAGGAGGAGCAGCAUCACCUCCAGGGUUUGGAGAAAGAGCAGGACGAGGAUCUGAAGCAACAGCUGGUCCAGGCUCUGCAGGAGCAUCGGGCUCUAAUGGAAGAGCUGAAUCGCAGCAAGAAGGACUUUGAGAAAAUCCUUCAAGCCAAGGACAAAGAGUUGGAGCAGACCAAGGAAGAAAAGGAGAAGGUCCAAGCACAGAAGGAGGAGGUCCUCAGCCACAUGAAUGACGUGCUGGAGAACGAGCUUCAGUGCAUCAUCUGCUCCGAGUACUUCAUCGAGGCCGUCACCCUGAACUGUGCCCACAGUUUCUGCUCCUUCUGUAUCAGCGAGUGGAUGAAACGGAAAGUCGAGUGUCCCAUUUGUCGGAAGGAUAUUGAGUCCAAAACCCACUCCCUGGUUCUGGACAAUUGCAUUAAUAAGAUGGUGGAUAAUCUGAGCUCAGAGGUGAAAGAGAGACGGAAUAGCCUUCUUAGGGAACGGAAAGCCCUGCUACAGGUACCAGCUAUUUCAAGUAGGGACAGGAAUCUUGUGAUUCAUACACAGCUGUGAUGUGAAACUGGGCAGGCAGCAAGCCCCUCCUAGAACUGGUGGUGUGGAAGCUGAGCGGGAAGCGUGUCUUAGCCAGUGGCUGUCCAGGAAUGUGGUCCGAAGCUUGAAAGGAAGGGUUCUUUGUUGCUUCCCUGGUAGCUGCUGGAGGAUUGUGUGCCCACUGUAGGGCCCCACAGAUGCCACCUCUGCCCGUGGCUCUCCCCAUUCUCUCCAUUUCCGCCUUGUCAUUCCAUAAGAACACACACUGGCCCUGGGUGGAGAGCAAUGCCCAUCCUCCCCCGGGUGCUCCCAGCUCUUCUCAUCUGCUGGGGGACAGAAAAGCAAGGACUCCGCACCAGGGUGCUGGGUGGCAUCACAGGAAGGACUGCUUACGCUGGCCUGGGCAGGUGGCAGUGAGAGGAUCCUCUAAAGGAAGUGACGUUUGGGCCAAGUUUCAUGGCUUCCUGGAUGCUUGUUUUCCAGCCAGAGGACAUGGCACUCACUUUGCGGAACAGCCAGGACUGGGAGGGUCUGCUGGUGCCGAGAAGCUUGUUUUGUCAUCUUGCUUCCCUUCUGAGAGGACAGUGGCCCGGGAGCCAGAUCCGAUCAGGGUCAGGUUACGACCUUUGAGCUGGCAUGUGUUGUCUGCGUCAGUGUGGGGCACCUAUGAGAGUUUGGUUGGCCCAGUGCAUGCCUAUGUUCUCACGAGUCCACUCACGGCUGAUGAUUUUAGAAGAGCCCACGUCCCACGUCCAUCUCUGUCUCCUCUAAUGUAGAGGUGCUUAUGUAGAGUAAAAACCCCAGUCCUCUCCCGUUCUCUGCAGAGGAUACUAGGCUGCCCGGGCCUCUCUGGCCACAUAGUGACUGCACGGGGAAGAGCCGGUUCCACUGUCCGCAGUUCUCACAGCAACCCUGGACUUGUCUCUAGACACACUGAAGGUUCUGAGACUGACUUAGAGAAAGAUGUUCCAGGGCCAUCAGCAGCUCUGCUGGGCUGCAGUGUGGGGGCUAGAGAAAAGUCUAACUUAAAAUGCCAGCUCUCUUUGAACGUUCUGGUGCCAUUUGCAAGCUGGUUUAAUCCUUAGUGCAUGGGAAUUUUUUUCUUUCUUUCUUUCUUCUUUUUUUUUUGAUUUUCAAGACAGGGUUUCUCUGUGUAGCUCUGGCUGUUCUGGAACUUGAUCUGUAGACCAGACUGGCCUCAAACUCAGAGAUCCACUGCCUUUGCCUCCCGAGUGCUGGGAUUAAAGGUGUACACUACCACCUUCCAGCUUGCAUGGGAAUUUUUAAAAAAGAACUUGGGAUCUGGGGCUGGAGAGAUGGUUCAGUGGUCGAGUACACUUGCUGCUCUUCCAGAGGACAUGAGUUCAAGUCCCAGCACCCACAUAGUGACUCACGGUAACUCCAGUUCCAGGGAAUCCGACACCUUGGGCACCAGGUAUGCACAUGGUGCACAUAGAUACAUGUAGAUAAAACACCCAUACACAUAAAUAAAACAAUCAAUCAGUCAAUAAAAUCAAGUCAAAAGAGCUUAGGCUCCGGAAAGUGGCAGAUCUCCCGUGUUCUCACCUCACCGAGAGCAAUGCCUUCCUCAGCCUCCCUCACUGGUAGGUAUCCCAAGUUCUGGGUCUCAGGGGGAAAGGCACCUCCUGACUGAGAAGCCUGAGGAGAGGAGCAGGUAUGAGGAAGCUGGAUCCAGAAUUAAAGAAGCGUGCCUUGAAGCUGGGGUGGAUACCGUGGUUCAUUCAGGUCAGGUAUUUGUACCAGGGGUCACUGUGGCUGUGUGUGGUGUUGACACAGGCUGGAGCUGGCGGAGGGAGG